CGGGGUCGGGCCGGACUGAGCGGAGCGCGGGGCGCGGAGCAGCCGCCGCCGCCACCGGCAUGGCCCAGCCGCGCCGCCGCCCCCGACGUAUCAGCAGUCACCUCCAGGCUGGGCCGCUGGCAGGCAGGCAGCAGUGGGCAGCUGGGAGGCUGUGAGGAGCCAGUGGCACAUCUCCCUGCAUCCGACUCACCCAGCAGAAGGUGUGGCUGGGCUGCGCGCUCCUGACUCCCGGCUCUCCUGCUCCGUGUGUUCCCGGCGGGCAAAUCGGAGGCUUGAUGUGAUGGGGAUGCCCUGAGCCCUCGCCCCAGGAGCUUCAGGCCUGGAUGUUGGUGCUGUUUCUCCCGGACAAUGUGGCUGAUACUCUGGAGAAGCCCUCUCUUCCCCCCUGUUCUCCAAGUGCCUGAGCUGGUGGCCAGCUGGGACCUGCGUCUCACCCUCUGGGUCCUGAGCUUUGCCUCGAUGGUUGUGCGGAUGGAGGGCCAGGUCUACUCACCAACUGUCAACACACACUAUGGGAAGUUACGAGGGGUGCGUGUGCCAUUGCCCAGUGAGAUUCUGGGGCCUGUGGACCAGUACCUGGGGGUUCCUUAUGCUGCCCCCCCAGUCGGGGAGAAGAGAUUCAUGCCCCCUGAGCCACCACCAUCCUGGUCAGGCAUCAGGAACGCUACCCACUUCUCACCAGUCUGCCCCCAGAACAUCCACAACGCCGUUCCUGAGAUCAUGCUGCCCAUCUGGUUUACCUCCAAUUUGGAUAUCGUGGCCACAUACAUCCAGGACCCCAACGAGGACUGUCUGUACCUCAACAUCUACAUCCCUACGGAGGAUGUAAAACGGAUUUCCAAGGAAUGCACCCGAAAGCCCAACAAGAAAAUAUGUAGGAAAGGAGGAGCCAGCGCUAAGAAACAGGGCGAGGACUUAGCGGAUAAUGACGGUGAUGAAGACGAAGACAUCCGGGACAGCGGGGCCAAGCCGGUGAUGGUGUAUAUCCACGGUGGCUCGUACAUGGAGGGCACGGGGAACAUGAUAGACGGCAGCAUCCUGGCCAGCUACGGGAACGUGAUUGUCAUCACCCUGAACUACCGCGUUGGAGUGCUCGGGUUCCUGAGCACAGGGGACCAGGCUGCCAAGGGCAAUUAUGGGCUGCUGGACCAGAUACAGGCCCUGCGCUGGGUCAGCGAGAACAUCGCCUUCUUUGGGGGAGAUCCCUUGCGGAUCACGGUCUUCGGCUCCGGCAUCGGUGCCUCCUGUGUCAGCCUGCUCACCCUCUCCCACCACUCUGAAGGUCUCUUCCAGAGGGCCAUCAUCCAGAGCGGCUCCGCGCUCUCCAGCUGGGCAGUGAACUACCAGCCCGUGAAGUACACCAGCAUGCUGGCCGACAAGGUGGGCUGCAAUGUGCUGGACACGGUGGACAUGGUGGAUUGCCUGCGGCAGAAGAGUGCCAAGGAGCUGGUAGAGCAAGACAUCCAACCGGCUCGCUACCAUGUGGCCUUCGGGCCGGUCAUUGACGGGGAUGUGAUCCCGGAUGACCCAGAGAUCCUGAUGGAGCAGGGCGAGUUCCUCAACUAUGAUAUCAUGCUGGGGGUCAACCAGGGUGAGGGGCUGAAGUUUGUGGAGGGUGUGGUGGACCCCGAGGAUGGCGUCUCAGGCAGUGACUUUGACUACUCAGUCUCCAACUUUGUGGACAACCUGUAUGGAUACCCCGAGGGCAAGGACACCCUGAGGGAGACCAUCAAGUUCAUGUACACAGACUGGGCCGACCGGGACAACCCCGAGACACGUCGCAAGACUCUGGUGGCCCUCUUCACUGACCACCAGUGGGUAGAGCCAUCAGUGGUGACAGCUGACCUGCACGCCCGCUACGGUUCCCCCACCUACUUCUACGCCUUCUACCACCACUGCCAGAGCCUGAUGAAACCUGCAUGGUCAGAUGCAGCCCACGGGGAUGAGGUGCCUUAUGUGUUUGGGAUCCCCAUGAUUGGCCCCACAGACCUCUUUCCCUGCAACUUCUCCAAGAACGACGUCAUGCUCAGCGCCGUGGUGAUGACCUACUGGACCAACUUUGCCAAGACAGGGGACCCCAACAAGCCCGUCCCCCAGGACACCAAGUUCAUCCACACCAAGGCCAACCGGUUUGAGGAGGUGGCCUGGUCCAAGUACAACCCCCGUGACCAGCUGUAUCUGCACAUCGGGCUGAAGCCACGGGUACGUGACCACUACCGGGCCACCAAGGUGGCUUUCUGGAAGCACCUGGUUCCCCACCUGUACAACCUGCACGAUAUGUUCCACUACACCUCCACCACCACCAAAGUGCCACCACCCGACACCACGCAGAACUCCCACAUCACCCGCCGGCCCAACAGCAAGAUCUGGACCACCAAGCGCCCCGCCAUCUCCCCCGCCUACAACAGCGAGAACGGGAAGGAGAAGUGGAGCCCAGAGCAAGAGGCGGGCACCCUGCUCGAGAGCCCCCGCGACUACUCCACUGAACUGAGCGUCACCAUCGCCGUGGGCGCCUCCCUCCUCUUCCUCAACGUGCUGGCCUUCGCCGCCCUCUACUACCGCAAGGACAAGCGCCGGCAGGACACGCACCGGCAGCCCAGCCCCCAGCGUGGCGCCGCCAACGACAUCGCCCACGCACCUGAUGAGGAGAUGCCCUCCUUGCAGGUGAGCCAGGGGCACCACGAGUGCGAAGCUGUGCCGUCCCACGACACCCUGCGCCUGGCUGCUCUGCCCGACUACACCCUCACCUUGCGCCGCUCGCCGGACGACAUCCCGCUUAUGACCCCCAACACCAUCACCAUGAUCCCCAACUCGCUGGUGGGGCUGCAGACCCUGCACCCCUACAACACCUUUACCGCCGGCUUCAACAGCACGGGGCUCCCGCACUCACACUCCACCACCAGGGUAUAGCUGCCCGCCGCCGGCGCACACGCAUGCACGCACGCACACACACGCAGCAGACACUGGCAGAGGGAGCGGCGGGGCCGGCAGAGCCCCCGGACGGAGGGGCAACACCCACGGACGGGGCAGCUCCCAGCCCAGAGACCUGUGGGGUCCCGGUGUGGCCCCGGCGCUUUCUUUCGUUCCUAUCUAACUUUUGAGAAGUGCUUUGACUCUCCCGGCCUCAGGGCCCCGCGGGUUGCCCCGGGACGCCAGUGGGGUGCGGGGGGGGACGCAGUGUAACCCUGCACCCGUGCAGGCGGGCAGGGGUACCCCACUGUCAAUGGCCAUGGGGCUCCCCGUGCUGUGGCUGUGCCUCCCAGUGGGGCGAUCACAUCCCCAGCGCUAAGCCCACUGAGCACCCUGGGACUGACGAGGAGCGGGACUGGGCAUCCCUCUCAGCCAGUGCCCAGGCAUCCCCAGGCAGCUUGGCAGCCCUGGAAAAGGCUCCUUCACUGUGCUGAGAAGUGGCCCUGGGCCAUGGUGCUAUAGGCAGAGGGAAUGGGGACCUGGCCAUGUGCUGGGUGCAGGCGCUGGGGCCGGUGCUGGGGCUCAGGGACCCUGGGAGUGGGGCCCUGGGCUGGAGACUUGGCACCUCUGCCCCUCUUUGCGCUGCAGAGAAUCUCUUUUGUGUCAGUCAUUUCUCUUUGCAGAGACGUUUUUUAAAGCAGAUCUUUAGUUCUUUACACACUAACGGAGUCGCCGCGUUUUGUCCUUUGUAAAGAUUUUAAAACCAAGUGUUCUUGAUAUAAAAUAAAAAGCCAGUUAGAAGCCAGCGUGUGCGCACGGUGCCGGCCCCCCAUGGCGCCCGCCUGCCGUGGGUGGGCACCAGGCAGGGCAGUGCCUCCUGCGCUGCGGGGCCGCGCUCUUUUGUAUUUUUUGAUAUUUUCCCUCCUCUGUCACCCGUGCCCACCUAUCUCAGCCAAAUAGCCUAUCCAACGGCCUGCCUGCGAGCACCUCCGCCCCGGUCCCUCCACUGCCACCACUGGCCAAGUGCCACCCACCGCCCCACAUGGGCAUCACCUGCUCUGAGCAACACCCCCAUGAACCCAGGAGCACCACCCCAGGCCUGCCCUGCUCCCCCAGGAGCAUCCCACAUCCCUUCACCACUGCCCCAGGGCCGUGCUGUGCCCUCCCUGCCCGUGCCACUGCCCAAAAGCAGUGGUUUGCAGCCUGUGUCAGGGGUGGGGUGACAGGAGCAGAGUGAGCUGCUUUCCAACAUCCACUCUGCCUCCCAUGUUACUUCCACUGGGGCCUUUACCGCACCGUGGGGUGACCUCAUCUCUGGCAUCCGGGACAUGCAGCUGGGAUAGAUGCCUGGGCAGGGACUUUGGAGGUGAUGCAGCCUGCAUGGUGCUGGGAGCACCUGUGCCAGGGCUGGGGCACCCGCUGGGCUGGUGUGGCCACUGAACCACAUGUGGCUCAAGGCAAGUGGCUUUGGUGCAGUCGGGCAUGGAGAAGAAGCAACAUGGGAUCCCACGUGGGGCACCCCAGUCUCAGCCCCCCAUGAUGAGCACUGGCACCUGGGGAGGCAGGAGAAAGGGACAGGUCCUUGUGGGGACACCAUAUCUUGUCCCUGUGCAAGACGGUCCGGCUGGCAGACGCUGCCCAUGCUGGCGGCCGUGACGCACCGGUGCCGGCUGGCCCUGCUGGUCCUACUGCCUGGGGCCAGCCCAUCGAUGGCCCUGCUGGUCCUACUGCCUGGGGCCAGCCCAUCGAUGGCCCUGCUGGCCCUGCUGCCUGGGGCCAGCCCAUCGAUGGCCCUGCUGGCCCUGCUGCCUGGGGCCAGCGCAUCCACAGCCCUGCACCCUGCCCUGGCCCCCGCCCGGCACAGGGCUGAGGGUGAGGAUGCUCGUUGGAGAAUGUAUUUAUACCCUGUCACCCGCGCAGAGUAACAAAUUCCAAAUAAAACAGAAGUGAUAUUUUUAA